CCCUCCCGGCUGCCGUCGCCGUGCUCCCUCCCCCUCCCCGCGGCCCGCCCAGCAGCGCGGCUCGCCCGGCGGAGCGCGGAGCGGAGCGGAGCGGCGGUGCUGCCGGGGAGGCGGCGAUGGCCGAUUACUGGAAAUCUCAGCCAAAAAAAUUCUGCGAUUACUGCAAGUGCUGGAUAGCAGACAACAGACCUAGCAUUGAUUUUCAUGAAAGAGGAAAGAAUCAUAAAGAAAAUGUGGCAAAAAGAAUUAGUGAGAUUAAAAAGAAAAGCUUGGAAAAAGCAAAAGAAGAAGAAAACAUGUCAAAAGAAUUUGCAGCAAUGGAGGAGGCAGCAAUGAAAGCAUAUCAAGAAGAUUUGAAAAGGCUUGGAAUUAAGCCAGAUGAUGUAGGUCCCAGUUCGACACAGAAUAAAACACAGACUAACACAGUGGAAACUAAAGGAAAGAAAGAAAAGAAAGAGAAGAAGGAGAAGAAGGAAAAGAAAGAGAAGAAAAAAAAGGCAUCUCAGGACACCUCAGUGCCAUCAAAAACGAAGGAGUGGGUGCAAGGAUUUUCUCCUGAAGGCUAUACAUAUUACUACAACACAAAAACAGGAGAAUCACAGUGGGAGAAGCCUAAAGGAUUCCAAGGCAACUCUCAGAACUCACAAACGGCAGGCGAGUGGGUAGAAGGUGUCACUGAAGAUGGUCAUACCUAUUACUAUAACACACAAACAGGAGUAUCCACAUGGGAGAAACCAGUUGGUUUUGAGAAGAGUCAACGUGAUAAGCAUUCUGAAGAGCUUGCAGGAACAGAUUCCAAAGAGUCUGAAUCAGACUUGGAAGACAGUGAAAAUGAAGCAGACAGUUCAGAAACAAAUAUCAAGAGGAAAGGAGAUAAAGGUGAAGAAUCAGAGGAAGGGAAAAAAUCUCCCAGAGCUAAAAAGUUAAGUCCUUAUGGGAAAUGGCGACCAGUUAAGUCAGAAGAAAGUGUUGAUAAAGAGGAGAGUACUUCAGCUUCCCAGGAAGCCUCCAGUGAUUCACCUAACAAGACCAACCCUUACGGAAAAUGGAAAGCACUUAAGGAGGAAGGAGAAGGAGAAGAAGAAGAAGAAGAAGCAUGUGAAAAAGUGGACCUGGAGCUUCCUAGUACAGAGAGUGAGAGUCUACCACCUCCAGUGGUAGAGGUUCCAGAAGAUGAUACAGUGAUAUUUAAAGAGAAGACAGUCACCUCCCUUGGAGACCUGACCGAAGGGGUGCCAACAUUUAAAAAGAGGAAAUUUGAAAAUGGAAAAUCUAGAAACUUAAGACAAAGACUAAGUGAUCAGUAAUACUUAACAAAUAAAUUUAGAUUCUGUUUAAGCUAGAGUGAAUCAAGAGUUUAGUAUUUUAAACAGGCUUUUAUAAAGAAAAUGUUGGAUAGAAAUUAAGGAUUUAUAGGUAUUAAAACAUAUGUGAGUUGUAAUAUUUUUAAAUUUUAUUUUGAUGUGAUUGAUUUUGGAUUGGAAUUUGGUGUUUUAUUACUUAUGCAAUAUUGUAAAUACAUUUAUUUUUUAUUUUAACCAUGCUAUCUAAGUUUGAUUUGCUCUGUGUUUGCUGUUUUAAACAUAUCGUGUAAGGUUUUUUACUCCUUUUCUAAUUACUGGAGAAUUCAGUAAUCCUUAAUCUGGCAAAAAUUAUGCAGACCUUUUAUUUUUACAGAGUCAGUGGCAUGUACUAGAGAGUAAAAUCAUCCCCCAGGAUUGGUUAUUUGGAGUAGCUUGCUAACUACUGAGUAAAAAUAUGAUGCUUACUAACCUUUGGCUCUUAGCUUGCAAAAGAGUAGGUGGUGAGAAUGCCAACAUAUCAAGAAGAUCAUUUGAAAGCUGUUUUUAGAGGAGUUAGUCGCAUCAGUGCCACUCAUUUCAAGUAAGAAAUAUCUGCACAUGCAUGAUAAAUGUAUUAAACCUCUGCAGAAGAUUUAAACCUGUUAAAUCUUAACUUUUAAUAACAGCACCAGAGCCACCCCCAUUAGAGUAGGUGUUUCUCUGGUGUCUUCCUGUUGUGUUUUGCUUCAUUAUUGUCUCUACUUGAAUUUUUCUUUCUUUUCACACAUGAAGUUGCGUUUUUUUUUUGUUUUUCUUUUUGGUUUUUUUUGUCUUCUUUUUGUUUCUUUCUCUGUAAAAAAACAGUUGUCUGAUACUUUAAUGAAAAAAAUAUUCUGAAGACCUGGCCCUGCUAGAGCAUACAGCACCCUUUUUGAGGCCAGUGGAUUUUGUCUGUUGAUAUGAGGAGUGCGUUGAAUAGUUGUGGUCUUUGCUGAGGGGGCUAAGUGUAUUGAAGCUUAAUCAUUCUCAGUACCAUAGGAGAGGAAAACAAAAUAUGAAUAAGUAGAGCUGAUGACUGUGCUCUCCAAGAUGGCUUGGACAUUUUCUUAAGGAUUGUAGAUUUGUUUUCGUCACUUGGUGGUGGAAUUGGUCAGCAUCUAUUGUUAGCUGUGUAAGAAUACAGCUAUGAUCAUUGCUUCUCUUGGUAUCAAACAGUGGACCAUAAAGGUUGAAAUUACAAAGCCAUUCAAAAAUAUGUCUCUAUUUCCAAAGCUCACAGGGAGAGUCUAAGUCAAAAACAGAGGGUGCAGUGAAGACAGUUAUCAAAGUCCAACUACAGCAAAAUAGACUUGGUAACGGCUGAGCUUGGACUCAUGGAGAAAAUGGCUAUUAAUCUGUCAGAUCAGCUGAGAAAGGAGUGCAAGACAGGGAAUCUGGUUUAUCACGUCCUUUUUUCUAUUCUGCAACAUUUUCUCUGUGUGUAGAAAGUAGUUAAGUAUUGUAUUUAUUCCCACAUGUUUCUUUGUCUUCAUCAGGGUUGUUGUAUUUCUUCUGAUGUUUGUUUUGAGGAAUUUGAAAGUUUCCUGCAAUAUCUAGGCCUGGAUUGUCAUUUAGAGAUGCAGGAUGCAUGCUGGAUGCUCUCACAGUCAUAGAUGCAGGCAUGUACAACUUAUAUGCUACAUGAAAGACCUCACAUGCAAGGCUAGAAUAGAAAUAUCCUUCCUAAGGUUUCUUUAAAAAGUAUAUUUUUCAGGUUUUGUUUUUACUCUCCUCUGAACAUUACUCCAGCAGCAAGGAGUUGCUCUAGCUCAAAGCCUCUGUGCGUUUGCAACUACUUUAUACUCAUUUCUUCCCAAACAACAUGAGUAUUGCCCUUCAGCUAAGAAGCUUUUCUUCCUCUUGAAUCCAUCAUGUCUUUUCUAAAUCACAUAAAGCAUCCUUGUGUGACAGCACCAUCAGUGCUCCACUAGCACUCUUCAUCCAUUCCAGCCUGAGUUUGCCUAGGCUCUGUGUUUGAAGAAGAUUAAGGCCAUGUGUGAUGUCACUAAUACUUCCUUAGCAUAUUGGAGAGAACUCCUGAUACUCCCCUAAACCACAUCUGCCUUUCACAUGACUGCAUCAUGCUGUGUGCCGUGGGUGCCCUGUGAUUUACCAGUACAACUAGCUCUUUCUGCUCCCUUGCCAUUGCCAGCUGCUGUGUUAACAGCUGACCAUGCUUUCCUUUCAAGCACUUUUUUUUUCUUACAAAUUUGUUUUGUACUGCAGUACUCAUCCUGCUUCUGUUAUUCCAAGCCUGAAAUUUCUUGACAUCUUUAUAAUAUCUGUAAAAUAAUUUUACUCUUUAUGAGUAUAGUUUAUACACCAGUAUAGGGUUUUUUUUGUAGGCUCCGCUUUUAAUAUCCUCUGAGGAAGACAUCUUUCCUCUUUUAGUGAGUGCAUCUUUCCUUAAAAAUGUUUUCUCACAUUGAAGUGGUCCUAGGCUGUAAUUUAACAUACUUAUAACUAAAUUGCUCAAGCCGAUGUUUAAAAACAUUUGCAAAUAAAAAUGUUCAAAACUUGUUUCCUUGAGGAGCUAUUGUUAGUUGUAAUAUGAACCAAAGGUCUUUGUCAAGCACUGUGUUUAACAGAUGAACCAAAACGUGUAUUAGUUGAAAAGAUUAAAUGUUUUCUUUGUUCACUACUAGUAAAGUUAAUUUAAAUACCAUAUGCUUGAUUUUGCUGAUGUAACUUCUAAAGCCUGAAUUUCAGAAAGAAAUACAGUUCUUCACUCCCUAAUACCUCUGAAAGUCAUUUUCAAGAGAGACCAGCUGUUUGUCCUCAAGUGUAAAUUAUAAUAAGGGCCAGUUGAACAAAAUUUUAUACAUCCAAAGCUACUGUUUAAUUUUGCACCAUACUGACAUUCAAUUUCCUUAUUGUGUAUCUAAACCAAGUAUUUUCUAUACAAAAAUACUGUCUUGUGUGAGAUUUAAGGCAGAUGCUGCUUUUCCAGGACAUCUGUUCUGCUUUUUUCUUUCCCUCCUGUGCUAUCACCCUGCAAAAUCUUCUGCCUUUGGAAUUUGCUGUAGGAUUCCUCUAGGUAUUACCACAGUUAUGCUCCUCAUCUACUAAUCCUCCCUUGGGCUGCACUGGCUUUUGACAAAUGAAUGUUCCUUUUACUGUUUCGGAAGAACAGUGUUUUCAAAAGAAGAGUCUUCUCAGACUAAUCCAUUUUCUAUCAUGCAGCAUGUUUUUAUCUGCUUGCCUGUUUUUACUGCAAGCUCCUUGAAUGAGGGCUAGAUGCUUGGCUUUAGAGACUGUCAAAGACAUUAUUACUAAUAUGAGAAGAAGAGUUGGAGAGAAAGGGGAAGCCACUGCCAUUUCUGAUCAUUAUUUCUUAUGUGUGGUUUUGAGCAAGUAAAUUCACAGCUUUGUAUUUUUGUUUCCUUGCUUCAUCUGUCACCUCUCUUGUCUGUUCAGAAAGCUUAACAAUACACGACACUUGGCUUUGGGGUGUGUGUUUACAGUAGUGUUGGCCUGAAGUCAGUGAUGCUGUUAGAAGCAAACAUACAGCAUAUACUGAAAAUUUCUGUGAUAGGCAUCUGUUAUGCUAGGAGCUGUGCAGUCACCACCUGCUCAAUUUGACCUGAUUUGUAGAAUAAUCCUUGUUCCUGUUUAGGCUAAGCCAAAUUUUAACCCUUCACCUGGGAAUCUGUAGAUUGAAAUCCAGACUUUCCCAGUAGGGUAAAAGUCUGUUUCUUCUUUGACCCUCAUACACAAAAUAUUUUCUGUAGCAUCAUCCAAUCCCAAUAUUUGUAUUUAUAAGGUAGGAGGACUGGUCAUGACAUGGAUUUACGUUAAACUUGCUAACCUAUGCAUGUAUAAAGACAUUUCUCGUUAAGGAUGUUAUUUCAGUGCAUAUUUUGGUAUCUCAGAAAUGGAGUAAAAAACUACUCUAUGCUGCUUGGUUUCUUUUGGUUUGCUUGUUGAGUUAUGCCUCCUCGGUUUAGUUCUUUUCUUCCUCAAACUGUCUUCCUUCAGUAUUCCUAUAUAUGCAAAACUAUGUAUCACCACUGUGCUGCCUUUCUAGCAUCCACCUUCACCCUACCCCCCUGCCCACCAAGAUCUCUGGAAAGCUUGAUGGUGUCACGUAGGCCCCUGUGUCUCCAGAUCCCAGCUUGUCCUGAGCGCUUCUGCUGCCUGUAUCAUGCCUUGAAAAAGUACAACCUUGCUGAUUUUCUGACACCACGCAAGCUAUUUCAGGACCAACCACAUUUGCUCUUUUGGUUCUCAUGACAAUUUGUUUUCCUGAGACAGAUUUCAUUCCAUGCCUCCUACAGGGUUUGCAGCCCUUCAACCCUUUCACUUCCUGGUAUGAAAGCUGUCCCGUGUGCCUCCUGCUCUGCUGCAGCAACCCUUUGGUGCUGGUUUGUCAGCCCUGUCCCUGCAGUAUCUCUUGUAUCUACCUCUUAGGUCCUCUUACCUUCUACCUGCUAAAUUAUUUAACUUAGAAAUUAUGUUAACCGUUUGUGUGAUUGAUUAACAAAUGUAGCUUUGUGAAAUGUUUUGGGAUAUAAGCUUGAACAAAAGUUUCUGUACAAACAAAAAGUGUUGCAAAUAAUAAAAAAGGCUAAAUUUGCCCAAGAGGAUUCCCAGAGUAGCUCAGCUCAAGCAGCUUAGAUUCUACCUGUAAAAGCAGAAACACCUGCAGACAGUGUUCUACAGACCCUGGGCUGAAAAGAGUGGAUUUUAACAGCUUGCUUAAGUGAAGAUGCAAAGAACAGAGGGGUGAUUGAAAAGCACUUGUUCUAGUUCAUAAGUAUUGUCUGCAGAGUUAAACGGCUGGUUUCUCUUGAACAGCUUCUCAGUUGCAGUUACACAAUGUUGCAGGCUCUUGAAGUGGAGUUAAUAUGAAAAUACCAAAUAAAGCUUUAAUUUGA